AUGCCGCCUAAGAAAAUUCCACGUCCCGAAAAAGGACAAACCCUGCUUAAUUUUAACAAACAGAAUCCCAAUAAAUCGGCCGAAAAUGACGCAGAUGAUGUACUUGAACAUGCUGACUGUGACAGAAGGAGCGAAGAUGAACUUCAACAUAAUGACGAUGUUUGGUGUGACAAUUAUCGAAUUAAAUACCAGUCUUACUACACUGCAAAUGAAUUGUUAGAUUCUUUGAACUUUGUUGCUGACUGUGAAGUGAAUAAAAAGUGUAGAGAAUCACCAUACAUGUCCAUUCUAGCUGAUGAAAGUACUGACAUUUCAAAUACUCGCAGAAUGACUAUAACAGCCCGUGUAAUUGACCCUAAAACAUUAGAGUGUUCCACAAUACUUCUUCAAGAUCUCGAAUAUGAAGAUGGUACUGGUGUUGGUUUAACACAGCAAAUUACUAAUCAACUGUGUAAACGAUCCCUGUCAAUCUCUAAAGUAAUAGGACUAGGCAGUGACGGGGCAUCUGUGAUGACUGGUCUAGGCAAAGGGGUGUAUGGCCGACUGAAAGAACUAAAUCCCCUCAUCAUCAAUGUACACUGCAUGGCCCAUAGACUUGCUUUGUGUACAUCACAGGCAGCUAACAGCAUCCCUACAUUGAAGAAAUACCAAGAAUUUCUAACGAACUUAUUUUAUUAUUUUAAGCAAAGUGCUGCACGUGAAAAAGAACUUCACAAAAUUCAGGAAUUUCUCGACCACCCAACUCUUCGCUAUAGAGAAAUUCAUGCUGUUAGGUGGAUGUCAUUUUUGGAAGCAUUACAGGCUGUUUACAGAACCAUUGAUCCCCUCAUAACAUAUCUUCACAACUGCAUCGCAGCAAAGGAUCCAAAAGCAAAAGGGCUUCUAAAAUACACUUCAUCAAGGACUUUUCUGUUUAUCACCUAUCUCAUGAUGGAUGUCAUACCUAUAGUGUCAAGGCUAUGCCUUGCAUUUCAGAAAGAAGACCUAGAUAUUGCCAAGGCAAAGGUACUAUGA